AUGCUCCGUAACCUGCAAGGGGAACGAGUGUACGUCGGGAAAGCUGCCUCUCUGUCAUUUCUACAAUUGCUUCGGGAUACAGUGACCCAACAUAUCGGGCCCUCACAGUUCUCCCAUAAUGGUGGGAAUGAGGAUAUGCUAGAGGAAGAAGCUCAUCAUGAUCCAUUGAAUUUCUCCGAAGAAUAUUGCAAUGUUGAUGAAAAGAGCCAAUUCAUCCAAAGUUAUCACGUAGCGACAAGCGGAUUUUUCAAUUUGAGCUUUAGUAACGACAUUUCAUCUUCAUUGAUUGGCCCAGCAGAGCCCAAAACCGACCGGGAAAAGACUAGGGCGGCCAUCAUAGACCUUAUGGUUGCUAUUGGAGCACAAUCCUGCCUAAAAGACCCAACGAACCUUCAGGUGGAGCGGUUCUACUUUGCUCGUGGCCAGCGUAUGGCGUUCGCCAACAUGUUGGAAGAUCCCAGCAUGGAUUUAAUGCGAGUAUUUCUGCUCAUGUCCUUCUAUAUGCUGGGCGCAUGCCGUCGAAACACAGCAUUCAUGUAUCUGGGAGUGGCUUCACGAGCGGCAGUGGCGCUGGGCUUUCAUGCAGACUCUCCAGGGUCAAUAAGCCCCAACGAAAGUGGUGGGAGCAAUGAUCGAGCUUUUAUCUUUGCCGCAGCCCUUGUUCUCGGAUUCUCUAUGUUCUCCCACCGUGACGUGGAUUCUGAGAUCGAUGAUGUAUUCCGUGGUGCUCUGACCAUCUUACGCAUGCUGGCAUCGCAGUCCGCCCAGGCAGCUCACUACCUAGAGAUAAUAACAAUGCUACAGGCAGCUAUAAAUGAACAACGCCAGCGACUUGCAGCGCAAGCUCGCCAGCGGCGGAGUCAAUAUGUCAGUCGGAUAUUUAGUUUGAACGAUACCCCAGCAACACCACACACACAAACUGAGGGAGACGACGAAGAAGUGAGAACUGCGACCACAACUCGACCGCAGAGUCUCACAUCAUACCCGUUGUUGCAUUCGGACGAUGGCGCCGCUGCGACUGUGACACCCUCCAUGAUGGAUGGAACUUUGUUUGACUGGGAGGGCAUGGAUUUACCGUUAUGGGAUAGUUUCCCAUUUCUUGCCGAAUCGACUACAAUAUGA